UCAUUUCCUAUCUUCCGAAGCCAAAAUUCCUACUGGCUAAAGUCUCUUGUGCUCGAACUAAUCUUCUCUAGCUCUGCCCUGUUUCCUGCUACUGUACAAUGUCCAGCAUGGCUGAUCAAUUCGGGUUCUUCUCCCGGAGGUGUGUGUGGGUGAACGGUCCGAUCAUUGUCGGAGCUGGCCCGUCCGGCCUGGCCGUGGCAGCGUGCUUGAAGGAGCACGGCGUACCGUCGGUGAUCCUCGAGCGGUCCGACUGCAUUGCCUCGCUCUGGCAAAAGCGUACCUACGACCGCUUGAAGCUUCACCUCCCCAAGCAGUUCUGCCAGCUGCCCAGGUUCCCCUUCCCGGAGCAUUACCCCGAGUAUCCUACCAAGCAGCAGUUCAUCGACUACUUGGAGUCGUACGCUAAGCACUUGGAGAUCAGCCCACGGUUCAACCAGUCGGUGCAGUUAGCGAGGUACGAUGAAACGUGCGGCCUGUGGCGGGUGAGGACCACAGGAACUGGCACCGCGGCUGGAUGCCGGAGCCAGGAGGUGGAGUACAUCGGCAGGUGGCUGGUGGUGGCCACCGGCGAGAACGCGGAGAGUGUAGUCCCCGAGCUGGACGGGCUCAGGGAGUUCGGCGGUGAUGUGAUGCAUGUUUGUGACUACAAGUCCGGUGAGGCCUACCGCGGGAAGCGCGUGUUGGUGGUCGGCUGUGGCAACUCCGGCAUGGAGGUCUGUCUCGAUCUCUGCGACUACGAUGCCUUUCCAGCUAUGGUGGUUCGCGACUCGGUUCACGUACUGCCGAGGGAGGUACUCGGGAAAUCGACGUUCGAGUUGGCUGUCCUGCUGAUGAAGUGGUUGCCGCUGUGGCUGGUGGACAAGAUCCUACUAGUGUUGGCGUGGCUGGCGCUUGGGAACAUAGAGAGGUGUGGCCUGAGGAGACCUUCCACCGGUCCUCUGGCGCUCAAGAACACAGAGGGGAGGACCCCUGUUCUCGACACAGGGGCUCUUGGAAAGAUAAGAUCUGGCGACAUCAAGGUUGUUCCUGGGAUCAAGAGGUUCUCCCCCGGAAAAGUCGCGCUCGUCGACGGCCAGGUCCUCGACAUUGACUCUGUCGUCUUGGCUACAGGUUACCGAAGCAACGUCCCUCAGUGGCUUCAGGGAUGUGAAUUCUUCUCCAAAGAUGGGUUUCCGAAGACUACAUUCCCGAACGGGUGGAAAGGACAGUCCGGGCUUUACGCUGUGGGUUUCACAAGGAGGGGCCUCUCUGGUGCUUCCUCAGACGCAGUGAGGACUGCCAAGGACAUCGGCAGGAUGUGGAAGGAGGAGCUGAAGCCGGCCAAGAGACCCGUCGCCUGCCAUAGACGAUGCAUCUCUCAGAUCUGAUGAAAUGUCUCCUGCUGAAUUCCCUCCCUCCUUUCUUGCGUUGCUCGGAUUGUAGACUAGUGUAACACAGAUCAGCAAAACUGCACAGAA